AUGUCUAAAAGGUUAACAAUCUCAAAAUUUAAUACAUUUAAUACUAAUGACAUACCUGAAUUAGAUAGAGUAGAAACCUAUAAGACAUUUUAUAAAAAGAGAUUUAGAAAACUCUAAGUAGAUGAGAGUCCUAAUUAAAAAAUUAUUCCUCAAAGUAUCCUAUUAAAAUCUGGAUAAAUUCCAUUUAAAAGAUCCUUUUAAAAACCAAAAGAAGAUAUCAUAGAUAUUAAAAAAUUGUAAUUUUAUAUGUUAAGAAUUAGUUAGAUCUGUGAAUUAUGGAGUUAUAAAUAUAAUCAUGUUGUAUAAAAGGUUUCUAAACUUAAUAAUGUGAGUGGCAUUUUAGAAAUUCAGAAAUAAUCAUAAAGAAAAUCUUAAAAAUAUAAAACUCAAAUUUCGUACAUUAAAUAUUUAUUCAUUAUUAUAGAUAAGAUUAAAUACCCUAUAAUUCCAAUUUCUUUUAAGAUAAAAGUAAACUAAAAACUACUAUAUCAGAUUAUACAUUACCAAAAAUAGAAUCAUUAUCUUCUUUAUAAAAGUAAGAAAAAACUAAGCUUUUUAUUUAAGUCCAAUAUCCCCAGAGAAAAUUGUUAAUAAUACUUAAAGUACCAAAAAUAAAAAUGUAUCUGACUUCAAAGGAAAACUCAAAGAAUUAAUAGAAAUAUGUGAUAAUGCGUAAUUAUUUAGUCCAAACAAAUUUAGUAAGAUAUGA